CCUUGGUCGAGUGCGCUUCUUUCCUCUUCCCGGUUUUCUUGAUUUUUAAGUUUUUUGUCUUUCGAUCCUCACGCGUGUACAAUCGUGUAUGAAGUUUCGAUCGUCUUUCCGCUUUGAUUCUCAUCUUUUUCUGGCGACGUGAAAGAGCACCGAGUUUUUCGCGCGCUCUCUCCCGGUUGCGUUACGUGAUGUGACAAUGACAGAAAGUUAAGAAAAUUCGAUUUUUAGAAAAAAAAAUAAUUGGAACAAAGAGUGAUUUUGAUUCUACGUGUAUCUGUGACAUGUUUCUGACGAAUAGUUCCUGACUGUGACAAAAAUGGAUGUUCGAAGAACUUUCCCAUUUUUACUGCUGAUGAUCUGCGCAGCCUUUGCCAUCAGGAAUCAUCAUGGCGAUCUCAACGGUAUUCGGCGCAUUCGCAAAGUCAGUUUAAGCGAGUAUCUGGUUCCACCGCCGCCACCCAGGUUCUAUCCAGGUAGAAGUCCAAGAACGGCUUCUUCAACCGAGAAACCAGGAUACUUAUCGCAGUUUUGGGAUAUGAUCAAUCCGUUUAACUACGGUACUACUUUACCAUCAUUACCACCACCACCGCCGUCCACACCCUAUGAAACUAUUUAUACCUCAUCGCCACAGUUCAAUCAACCACGUCCGCCACCGCCUGCGGAUUACGAUAAACCACCACUUCCUCCAUCUUCCUUUAACAACAAUCCGGGAUACUCUACUCCGGUAAAAACCAGCUGUAAUUCUUGCAACAAAGUUCCUUGGACGCCACUGCAAACCAACGAUGUUACUCAUUCGGGGGAUGCUUUGCACGCACCACCAACGCCUCAAGUAUUACCAAUUAAUGGCGAUUAUCCACCACCAAUCAAUGGCAAUUAUCUACCACCUAGUAAUCCCGAAAUCCCUUAUGACGCUCACCAUGCCGCCUCGCAAAAUGUCAGAGCUCCGGACUACUCUGUUGUUCCAUUGAGUACUGAUGGACAGGAUCUUGGUUCCUUGCCCGAUCCGCGUCUAUAUCCUGAACUGGUGCCACCAGUGAACAAAGCGCAAAAUUUCCAUAUUUCUUAUCAGGAUACGGAUCCCAGUCUCGGUAAAUAUCUCAUCUAUCUGAAUAGUCCUACAAGUCCAGGUCUUACGAGUCCAGCAGUUAUCAAUCAGGAGUUAGGAUAUAAUAAUCCUGAUGCAAGCAACGAACAAUUCAGUGUUCAAAAUUAUGAUACGCAUAGUGAUUUAUCCUCUAGUGGUACUCAUGUGACCCACGCCAAUCCUGUACCAAACAACCAAAAAUUCGAAAACAUCGAAAGUCAUUCAAGUUUGCCUGAUUCUUCCUAUCAGCAAGCAUCUCUUGACAAUCCCAACAUCCUGCAACCUUCAGGAAUAUCCAAUAAUGGAAGACCUUACGAUGUCACAGGAUUUUUCAACAAUUCGAGCCAAAUCGACCAGAAUCCUCCCAGCAGCUAUGGAAUUUCCGAUCCCGAUCAAGUGCAGAACAAUUCCGAGAAUCAGUACCACGAUUUGUCCCCCAGCGGCAAUGUUGCUAAAGAUACUUACGUAUCUCCGAGCAUUCCAGUAAAAUCUACGAAGACUGAAGACUCGAUACAUUUUGAGGAGUCACCGUUGCUAGAUUUCACACACAAGGGUGAAAGUCGGACGAAGUCGUCCUCGAUAUCGCCGACCUCUAACGCGAUCGCGGAGAGUGCUGAGACCGUCGAAUCGACCUUGGCACCUGGCGAGGAAGUUUUCGGAACACGUCAAAGAGCUGUUUACUCUCAGACGACCGAUUCUUUGUCCUUACAACCGAAGGUUAACACAACGAAUAACUUGAACAGAAGUGUUUAUAACUCGAAAGUUAUGCGAUUAUCGAAUAUCUCGUAUGUUCCGUCUUCCGCUGAAACAACAGUAUCACAAAACUCAAGUAUUUCGACGACGACGACGACAACGACAACAACAACAACUCCUCCUCCACAGAGCAUACUGUCACGAUUAUUUUCUUGGCCCCUCCCUUGGCCCUUCUCUUCCGAUGUGGAAUCUACGAGUGACUCGAAAAAAGACGCGUCCAAUCAAAGAGCCAAUCUCAAUUCGGAAGCUACGAACAAAACGUCUGUGAAUCACCAGGGUGUGAAAAAACAGGUACAGCUUAUUAUUCCCUACACGCAGCAGCAUACACCGCUUCCGUUUUCUACGCAAAAAGUUCCUUGGGUCAAAUUCAAUCACAAAAUUUACGUUGCCAAAGAAUCGGCAAAAGCGAUCAAAGUGACCAGUCUUCCGGAUUCUACUAACGCUAUUACUCGGCCGACCACUUCGGUAACGUUGGAGGAUCACACCAGGAAACCGGCCGGUACCGUUGCGAACAACUCUAUAGACGUACAUAAGUUGCAGAGGAACAUUGAUAACUGGAUAAUACAGGAAUAUUCAAAGAGAAUAACUGAGAGUACAACGUCUCCUUUAGCCAGUUUGAAUCUUUUCCCUUCGAAGAAGAUUCCUCGCGAGUAUUUGACUACUACUGAAUCUCUCGAUUCUAUUGCCGACAAAACUGACGACAAAACCAAUGUCAAGACCUUUACUCUCGGCGGGUUUACCUUCAAUGACGUAGACUACAAAGCUUCAACCAGUAAUCGCGUAGAACAAAAAUCUCAAGUGCAGGAGGAGCAAAAAAAUUCUACCGACGACGCUUCCGUCCCGUCGCCAAACAACGAUGACGCGUGGCGAGGCUUUUCCUUAGACAUUUCUAAUGUGAACAAAGAACCCGUCUACGUAGUGACGUCUCAGUCUAUUGUAACUACUCAUAAAGCGGAUCCCGUCGAGCAGAGAAAAGAGACAGCGAUCAAGGAAAGAAAUCCGGAAGAAUCGAGACAAGAAACGAACGCGGAGAAAAACACUACAAACACAUUCGAGAAAGCUUAUCAGGUGUUGCCUCAGGCUGUGAACAAUUUAGCCGUGGCUUCCACGGGCCCAGAAAGCGUUCCUUUGUGGGGCAUUAUGGAGCACGAAGAGUUCUCGACGCCUGACGAUAAAGAACACGACGAGACUGACGAGGCCGAUGAAACUUCUGAAAAUCCUGUACUGUAUUUCGGACAUUCAAAGGUCUCGCGCGCCAGGCGAUGACGUACCGAUGGCGGAGAAUGCUCAAAACAGUCGUGUGUGAAUAUGCGAACAAUUUUGAUACAGUGUGUUUGUAAACGAUUGCUUGUGUGAACAAUUCGAAGUUAGAAAUACUUAAAUAGAGAGAAUCUUACAAUUUUUUUUGAACCUCGAUAAAAACUUUUCUCAAUUAAUCUUUGUAAUGUAAACGGGUAAACCAUAUUAGUUUUACGUUUUUUUCUACGUAAGUGAUUAUUGUGGCCAGUGUAAUACCGGAUAAUUUAUAAUUUCAAUCCGGACUUGUGUAUACCACGUAAGUUUUAGUAUAUAAGUAGUUCGGUAAGUUUGAAGAAGUAACGAGAAACGAUAGCACGAGGCUGAGAACAACGCGAUUAUGUCAAUGUGGCUCGUGUUUACUACUCAGAUCGUAUCAUAAGUAAUAUUUUUAAACAUAAAACACGAAUUUUUGUAUUUGUGAAAAACUUUUAGUUCUAAUAAUCAAUUAUAAAUAAUUUACGAGAAACUAUAAAAUGAUUUUUUUUUAUUAUCACACAUUUUUAUGUCAUAUAUUUUCUUAUGUCAUUUUAAUUUUAGAGAAAAAAUUGCGGGGGGUGUGGUUGUUUUGCAAGUCCAGUCGCGCGUCGUUUGAAUUCGUCUUUUAUGCGUUUUCCAAUCACGUACGUGUGUGUGUGUGUGUGUUCGUCACUUUCGCCGAUUUCGUAAAGCUGGACCUUUGCCAACGAAUGUCACGACUUAUUUGAGCACUGCUGCAUCUAAAUAUACGCGCGUGCGUGAUACGCAUACAUGCAUCGCAAGCAAGUCGGUCUUUGCUCUAAUUGCACGAUAAUGGAAAAGAAACUCUCUCGCGAAUUUCGAAUUUGUUUUCUUCGCACACAGUCGCGUGUUUGCGAUCAAACAAUACAAUGUUUAAACGACGCUAUGUUUAAACAGAUAUUUUUUGUACACAAAACAUUUGCAUUCUGUCACAGAUUAAGUUUUCUGUUGGAAGAAAAGUGAGAAAAUCGCGCGAACAAGAACAUCACUCAUUCGUGAAAAAAAUCGUGUUACAUUUAAUGAGCGAUCAUCUCGAUGCGGAUGAAUCUCCCGUUGAACAGAUUGGCCGGCUUGAUGCAACUUAUUUCAUUGACCUUCGAACUUCCUUUUCAGAUCACAGGAAGAUCACACGUUGCUUGUGAGAGACGUGAGAAUUCCCGUCAGAAGAUAGUGGGAAAAGAUGUUCCAUUGUCCGCACUGGCGUACUGAAGUUGUUUGUCUUAAAAGAGAAGCUUUAGUAGAGAAUCUUGAAGAUUAACACCGUAAUUAGAUCCAUUUCUGCGGCAAAUGGUAUCGAACAAGGACACGACCU